AUGUGUCUGGCUAUUCUCGGGACGACGGGCACCUGGCUGAUGUUGAAGCUGAUGGGAGCUCAGUUGCCUUGGCUGAGGUUGAGGGGACUGGGAGCGGCAGUGGUAGUGUUGCAGUUGGAUGCACUCGAGAUAGAUGUUUUCGAUGUAUCGAGUUCUCCUAUAAGCGUAAGAGUGGACAUUUGCAAUGCCAUCCUGAAGGAUGUAAAGAUUGUAAAACCCGCACGUGUGAUUGUUAUUGUGGUCUAG